CAUUUUGAGCAUUUACCGCUGUUUACCAAAAUUUAUUAGUCAUAUUUAGUGGCAGUCAUAAGUGAAAACUGAAGUUAAAUAAAUAUAUUAAAUUGUGCUCUUCAUAAGCAAAUAACAACACUAAAAUGCAGGACCCCAACGAAGAUACCGAGUGGAACGAUGUGCUGCGCGCAAAGGGAAUCAUCGGGCCAAGGCAAAAGGAGGCUGAAAUCACAGAGGACCAAAUUCAGGCAAUGAUGAAUGACGUCAUCCAGCGACGCACAGAUCUGCCGCCCCAGGAGGGUCAGCGUGACAAACGUAUCGAUGACAUGUCGCUGGACGAGCUCGACGAACUAGAGGAUUCUGAGGACGAAGCAGUGCUGGAACAGUAUCGCCAAAGACGCGUCGCUGAGAUGCGAGCAAUAGCCGAAAAGGCGCGUUUCGGCAGCGUGCGUGAAAUAUCCGGGCAGGAGUACGUCAACGAGGUGACCAAAGCCGGCGAGGGCAUCUGGGUGGUGCUGCAUCUGUACGCCAACGGUGUACCCCUCUGCGCCCUCAUACACCACCACAUGCAACAGCUGGCUGUGCGAUUUCCGCAGACGAAGUUCCUGCGCUCCAUAGCCACAACGUGCAUACCAAACUUUCCUGAAAAGAACCUGCCCACCAUUUUCAUAUACCACGAGGGUGCGAUGCGCAAACAGUUCAUUGGACCGCUGGAGCUGCGCGGCGAUAAACUGACGCUCGAUGAGUUGGAGUUUAUGUUGGGCCAAGUCGGUGCAGUGCCCACCGAAAUCAAAGAGGAUCCCAGGCCGCAAAUCAAGGACAAAAUGCUGGCCGAUUUGGAAGACAAGAGCGCCGACUUCUACUAAAUCUCAUUUAAACAUCACGUGUUCGUUAAUUAACCAUUUCAUGUUGCAGUACAAUAAUCUGGGAAUCUAUCUUCAGACGGUGUGUGCAAAUUUGUUAUCAAAAUAAAAACAAUUUUUACUGCCA